UCUGCUGCAGCGCUAGGGGUAAGUAGAAAGUUUUAUUGUGCCGUAAGUUGGGCGAGGGGUGCUCUUCUGUACGCAAAACGUGGUGUGUAUUAAAACGGGAGUGGUCCUGGACAAGUAGGAUUAAUUAUUAGAGCAAGAUUUAAUGCCCAGAGGAACGCACAGGACCUCACAACAGACGCAGAAUUUGCUGUUGAAUAAUUAGCAGACGAUCCUCAGUCUGUUGCUGAACCAGAAGCGACGUGACUGCCGCUGCACAGACUGCUGCGGAGUUACCAGACCUUGUAGUGUGCCUGUUGUAGGGAGCCCGAACUGCUAACAUUUUUAAGGAUUAUUAAACGCCCAGAUUGCAAAAGUCACUGAAACAAUAGUGCAGCUGAUCUGUGCAGUUGGAAAAGACUUUUGGAAACGUGUGUUUCACCGUGGUGCCUUUUGGACUCUGUAUGCAGGACUAUUUCCCACUGAUUGUCAAGGAAGUACAACAAAUCUUGGCUGAGGGGCAACAUUUAGCCUCUCCCCCUUUUGGGAGUGGGGUAAGGUUGCUUGGAUCUUUCCUGGUGCAAGGUUUUGGAGGAUCUGCUUGAAUUAAAGAGGGGCGUAGUUUGCACCUGUACAUUAGCCUCUUGUGAUUUUUUGGCAUGGUGGCCGGGAGUCCGUGUGGGAUACACAUCUCUGAAGGGUACGUCUGAUCUACCUCCUUUUCUCACAAAGGCAGUGGAAGCAGGGAGCUGCCGCACUCUGUCCGUAUCUUAGCUGGAAGAAGCUCACAAUAGGUUUGCGCCGCAGGGGGUCGUGUGGUUUUAGUCCGAGUGUUCGUAGGUACAUCCAGCAAGCUCGAGGUGCUGAUCUCCAUCCCUCCUGGAAAGUAGUGGUAUUAAGUGGAAAGCAUGUAUUUAUUCGCAGUCUGUCUUCUUAUUCCGGCCUCCCUGGCCCUUGAAGAGGUACUUAUGAACACUAGAGCAGAGACAUCCGAUCUGAGGUGGACGAUAUACCCAAAGCUUGAAAUGCAGUGGGAAGAAACAAGUGCAGUUGACGAUGAGCACAACAUUGUCAGAACCUUUGAGAUCUGCAAUGUAAAUGGACAGAACCAGAACAACUGGCUAAGGACAACUUACAUUCGGCGUCGGCAAGCCACUCAGGUAUACGUGGAGGUGAAGUUUACAGUAAUGGAAUGUUCAUCCAUCCCACUAGUACCAAGAACCUGCAAGGAGACCUUUAAUAUUUUCUACUAUGAGUCUGACACAGAUUCUGCCACGGAACAAUACCCUGCCUGGAUGGAAAACCCAUAUAUAAAGGUGGACACUGUGGCUGCAGAUUUCUUGCUCAAGAAAUUGCCUGGGAGGGCAGCAGUUGGUAAGAUCAACACCAAAGUCUUUAAGGUGGGCCCUUUGUCCAAAGAAGGCUUUUACUUAGGUUUUCAGGACCAGGGAGCUUGUAUGGCACUUCUUUCUGUCCGUGUUUUUAUAAAGAAGUGCCCGUCCAUCACUGCGAACCUUACAACUUUUGCAGAGACUGUGGUCAGCAGGUUGGUAUCUCCUGCCUUUGGAAAGUGUGUGCAGAAUGCUGUGAGCUCCUCCUCUGGCCAUCUGAAUAUUUACUGCCAGGAGGAUGGACAGUGGGCUGAACAGGUUAUGACUGACUGUACUUGUAGAGAAGGUUAUGAACCUGCAGAGAAAAACACAAAGUGCCAAGCUUGUCCUUUUGGUAUGUACAAGUCCAAACCCGGGAAUGGUCCUUGUGUGCCUUGUCCAUCAAACAGCUACUCAGCAUCCUCUGGUAUGUCCAUCUGCACAUGUCAAGUUAGAUUCUACCGCGCCUCCGGAGAGGCCCCUGAGAUGGCAUGCACUAGUACUCCAUCAGCUCCUCGUGACAUCGUGACAGAAGUGAACGACACCACAGUGACUCUGCAGUGGAGCGAGCCCGUGAAUAAUGGAGGACGGACUGACACAACAUACAAUGUUAUUUGCUCAAAGUGCAUGGACCAGAGAUUUUGUCAGCAGUGUGGGGAGGCUGUGAGCUAUCGACCUCAGCAGAACGGAUUGACACAAACAAGGGUGGUUGUGUGGGGCUUGCAGCAGUAUACAACCUAUACCUUUGAGGUACAAGCUGUAAACGGAAUCUCAGAGAAAACUUCCACACCACCUGAGUCUGUGUCAGCUAAUAUAACUACCAACCAAAAUGUUCCUUCACCAGUGAGUGAUGUAAAAGAGAAAUCACUGACAUCCAAUAGCAUGACAUUGUCUUGGAAGGCACCAGAGAAAAGUAGUGGAACCAUCCUUGACUACGAGGUCAAGUACUACGAAAGGGACCGUGGUGAAGGCAGUGCUUCGUACCAGAAAUCGUCGACUACUUCAGUACAGCUUAAUGAUCUAAAGAAAGGUGUUGCAUAUGUCGUUCAGGUCCGUGCACGCACAGCAGCUGGAUAUGGAAGCUUUAGCCAAAUUGCCCAAGUCCAGACUCCAGCGGAAGCAGGUGUUGGACAUGAUGAACAGAUGCUGCUAAUUGGUGUCACAGUCGCUGUUGGAGUCCUGUUGCUGCUGGUAGCCAUUGUCAUCGCUGUGAUUUGUGUCAGGAAACAAGGAAACAGCAAAGAUCCGGAAUAUUCCGAUAAACAGCAGUAUCUGAUAGGCCAUGGCACUAAGGUCUAUAUUGACCCUUUCACCUAUGAAGAUCCCAAUGAGGCUGUCCGUGAGUUCGCCAAAGAGAUUGACGUUUCCUAUGUGAAAAUUGAAGAAGUGAUUGGAGCAGGAGAAUUUGGUGAAGUGUGCAGGGGGCGUCUUAAAGUCCCAGGUAAGAAAGAGAACUAUGUCGCUAUCAAAACGUUAAAGGGUGGCUAUACUGAGAAGCAACGCCGAGAAUUCCUUAGUGAAGCAAGCAUCAUGGGCCAGUUUGACCACCCAAACAUCAUCCGACUGGAGGGUGUCAUCACCAACAGCUGUCCAGUUAUGAUCAUCACCGAGUUUAUGGAAAAUGGAGCUUUGGAUUCAUUCCUCCGGGUCAAUGAUGGUCAGUUUACACCCAUUCAGUUAGUAGGCAUGCUGCGAGGGAUUGCCUCUGGGAUGAAGUAUUUGUCAGAGAUGAGCUACGUGCACCGUGACCUUGCUGCCCGUAACAUCUUAGUCAACAGCAACCUUGUCUGUAAAGUGUCAGACUUUGGUCUCUCCCGCUUCCUGGAGGAGAACUCUUCAGACCCCACUUACACCAGUUCAUUGGGUGGCAAAAUUCCAAUCCGAUGGACUGCUCCAGAAGCCAUUGCCUUCCGUAAAUUUACCUCAGCUAGUGAUGUCUGGAGUUAUGGCAUUGUCAUGUGGGAAGUGAUGUCAUUUGGAGAAAGGCCGUACUGGGAUAUGUCUAACCAGGAUGUUAUUAAUGCCAUUGAACAAGACUACCGCUUGCCCCCUCCAACUGACUGCCCUACCUCCCUCCAUCACCUCAUGCUGGACUGCUGGCAGAAGGAUCGGAAUGCCAGGCCUCGGUUUACCCAGAUUGUUAGUGCACUUGACAAGCUAAUUCGGAACCCUGCAAGCCUCAAGAUUGUGUCAAGAGAAGCAGGAGGGCCUUCACAUCCCCUGUUAGAUCAGCGUGUUCCCCACUACACAUCCUUUGGCACAGUAGGGGAGUGGCUUCAAUCCAUCAAAAUGGGACGCUACGAGGAGAACUUUGUCAAUGCAGGCUUUAGUUCCUUUGACCUUAUCUGCCAGAUCUCUACAGAAGACCUUCUCAGAAUAGGUGUGACCUUGGCAGGACACCAAAAGAAAAUUUUAACCAGCAUACAAAGUAUGAGGGCACAAAUGAAGACUCCGCCUCCUGGGCGAUACUGACUAAUGGCCUUCUGGGACCUGGAACCUUCAUGACAUGGGCUUCAAUACUCGUUAUGCAAAAAUGGCCUGGAGUAGCCUUCUCCAGUUUUAAUCCUUUUUCUACCUUAAAGCCGAUGAGACUGUUUGUUUUAAGAAGGAGAUAUUUUGUCUUUAUGUGCCUCUGGGAGGAAAGUGGUUUUCUCCUUAAGCCUGAAGGCAAAGUAAAUAUUGCACUUUGCAAACUCUUAUAGGGGACUGACUUCUGGACCUGCUGUCUGUGAAGGUCAAAGGUGAAAUGGUAUAGUCAUAGAAGAUGUGAUUGCUGUAUAUGAAGAGGCUUUUACCAUUGGACUCAGUUGAUACUCGUGAGAGUAGGUUUGCAUCCAGUACUACAGCUGCAGACAGUAAAAAAGAAAUAAAAGUCAUGGACACAAGAUGAAACUUUUUUGUGCUGAUGCUAUUUUUCUAGAGAACUGCAAACCUAUUGCUGUUAAGUGAUGCUCGAAGUGCAUCACAUUCUCCGAGGGACCUCAUGAUGGUACCAUAAAGGCAUAAUAAUUUAUGGAAGUAAAGUCUACUUGUCAUAUUGUGGUUCACUCGUAGUUUUUACGAGACAGCAUCUAUCACAGUCCAUACUUGGUUUCAGAAACCAUGCUCACAGCAGCAAGACCACAGAAGUCAGAACUACCAAAGAACUAUGUCGCCAGCCUGAGCUGGCGGAGAUCGUGCAGCACUAUGAAACCAGACUGCUUGCGUGCUAUUAAUCUUCAUAUUGAAGAUGUAGAAUACCAAAUCGGGGACACUAGAUGAACCUACAUUGGGGAAUGGGAGAUUUAUAGUAGUUUAUGUACUUGCUGUUUUUAUUUUUUAACGUUCCCAAUAGUUUAGCUAGCCGAUUUGCAGUUCUAGGCACUGCUGUCAGCAUUCUUUGUGUCCUAAAGACACACUUUGGCCACAUGCUAAGACCAAAUGUACAGUUCUCUUCCCCCAUCACUCCUUAAAUGAAACUGGUUGCCAAAGCUGACUUGGGUGCCUCACAUUCUCUCUGGAAUUACUUGGUUAAAGCAUUGGCCCGUAUUUGCACAGAACUAUGCAGAUAUUGCAGUCAUUAGGUUACUUACAAAAUUGAUUUGGAACUUACACACAUUAUGUUUUGUUCUUCUUUUGUUUGGGAUUCUGAAACUUAAUGGGUAAGUCUCAAAAAAAGAAAAAAUAAUGUAAAGGAAACAUUCCUAGAAACAUGCAUUUGGUCAACACAAUUUCUAUGUCUGGUUACCAGUACUAUAGACAUAAAGUACCAGAGGCCAUACAGAAUAUAGCCAUUACCCAUUCACAGUAUUGCUGUCUCUCAGAAGUAAAAUACAGUGAUUAAUUAAUUAUGUCAACAACAACAAAAAAAAGAAUUGGCGACACACAUAUACCCAUUAGCCUGUGUUGGGAGAGGGGGAAAGUCACAUGUUAACAGUAAAAUACAAACCAAAUCGCUUCUCUUAUGUGGCCUUGGACUGGUCGUGUCUUGCAGGAAAUAAAGUGCUAGAAUAUAUGUUAAAGCUCAGUUGUCAAAUAAAUAAUAACUACUGUGCAUUUAACAAUUCUGUCUAAAAAGUCAUGUUCAGAGGGCCACAUGACCACUGAAUUUUGUGUGCCUAUCUUGUACAGUUGUAUAAAAUGGCCACCAUUUCAGGUUUUGGCCACUAAAUAUUUACGUCUGGUGGCCAUAGGACUACCAAACUUGAAAAGACUUUUUUUUUUACACUUUGUGCUGAAUGUUUCACAUUGUAACUAAUGCCAAUCAAGACUUAAAUAUAUUGUAUACACUUGUUACAAAAUGAGACUGGUAUUAAAACCAUGACUUCUUGUUUUGUUA